AUGCAGCUUUUUGACUUAUGCCGAAUAUAUUCCAUGCUAGUUUCUAUUGUUGGAAUGGCACUGUACACGGGCUAUGUGUUCAUGCCUCAGCACAUCAUGGCAAUAUUGCACUACUUUGAAAUUGUGCAGUGA